AUGAUGGCACACGAAAGCCCGAUACCUGUGCCCCAUAACAACAAGAACAAUGUUUCUCGUAAACCGGAAAAGUCAAAAAAGGCUCCCGAUGUAAGAAUCCUUCCAAGUGGUAAUCCAGUUAAUUUUGGUCAUGGUGGUCCCAAGAAGGGCAAGAAACCGGCAAAGAAAGCAGUUGAAGAUUCGGUUCAAAGUCAAAGCUUACCGAAUGGUGAGAAACCUCGGUUUUCAAAUGACGCCAAGCCAAGAAAGAAGUCACCAAAGGAUUCGAAAGAUAAAGGACCAUCAGAGAACAAAAAGGGCAAGAGACAACUGUCUCCUGCUGCUGUGAAGUCUGAGGAAACUUAUGCUGGUUCAUCGUUUCACUCGUCACCAGCAGCGUUGAACUUGCCCAAACCAUCGUUCAAGUCUUCUCCUAAAACUGGUCCGGUCACCUUGCCAGCCGGACUGGCCGGCAUUGUAGCAUCAGGGCCUGUUCCAGGCUCAGUUCCUUCGGUUUCAGGUUCUGUUCCAGGUUCUGGUCCAAUGUAUCCAAAUGGAAUGGUGGGCCCCAACCAAGGAAUGCCUCCUAUGGGUGCUGUCAUUCCUCCUGGUCCACCGAACAUGUACGCUCAACCCGGUUUUUCGUAUAGCGUCACACCACAAGGCUAUAUCAACUACCAAUAUCCACCAUAUAUGCCACACCAACCACCUUACCCCCAGAUGGCUCCACCUCAACCUCAGCCCAUCCCUGCUGCUCACCCAUCACAAACUGAAAAUGGUCAGAAGAUCACCUUCAAUCAGUUGUUGGGUACGCAGCCAUGA